AUGGGUUUUUAUUUCACCGGGGAAGAGUCAGAACCUAAACCGUUUUGUGUAAUUUGUAAUGAAGUCCUGGCCAAAAGUAGUUUUAAACCGUUGCUUCUUCGUCGGCACCUUGAAACAAGACAUCCGGAUUACAAGGAUAAACCUAUUGAAUAUUUUAAAAGGAAAAUUGGAAGAAUUAUACUGUUUCUUCUUUCCUGUCGGCUUGCAACGCAGAUAGUGGCUCUUGAAGCAUCAUUCCGAGUUAGUUACAGAAUCGCAAGAUCUGGAAAAGCUCAUACAGUGGCAGAAAAUGUGUGUGCUAAAGACUUCGCAAUGUGUAUACUUUGA